UCAACUUGUUAUAUCCGGCGUGCCGUCUAUAAUACAGGGCCUCCCAUUCCUGCCGAAAAGUGCAGCGCUUGCAUAUUUAGGGACUGGACUGCGUGACAACUUACUCGUGGCCGAAGAAUACACAUUACCGCGCAUUGUCACCUCAUCGCAGGAACCAAUUGUUUAAUUAGUAGCCCCACUUAAUGAACCGCAACCGAGGUGAUAAAAGACACGAACACCAUAAUUCGCGAGCUCAUUUACAAGGUAACAGUUCUGCCUUAGAGCCCGGGUGAGUCCUACACCCCGACACGUGUAGGCAGACUUCAAUUAUUAAAUUAAUUAGUCACUUUUCCUUUAUUUCCAAUUUCGAGUUCCUUAACGGUAUUUCCGAGUUCUGUGAUUGUGAUUCUUCGAGCCACGAUUCGUGUUUACGAUAAUCGAGAUUCCCGCAGUUCCGGUGACCUGGUCCCACUCUCAAAUCAUCUUUUCCUUUUGUGAAUUAUAAUCGGCGAACUUUUGUUUGCCGGAGUCGUUACUCCGGUUACGAACUCAUAUUAACUUUCAACCUUUGUUUUUAUAUUGUUAUUAGUUAAUAAGUGAAUAGUGUAAGUUAAGACGUGUUUGCCCAUAGGGCCAGUUAAACCGAAUAUAUAAACUAAAAACCCGAAUCGAAGUGUGUCAUCAUUCUUAAGUUAAGAACCUUCAACCUUCAAUCUCCAGUCAGCAGGAGGAAGCGAGAAGCCAAGCAGCGGAACUCAUAGGUACAACGUCCAAUCAAAGGCCGAAUCAUCGUUGGAAUUAGGAUUCGCAAUAAUCACACAUCAUUCACAAUGCUGAUAAUCUUCUUCUUCUCCCACCUACUCUCCAGCGUCACCGGCUCUGUUACACCUGACCUAGACGCAAUCGAACUACAACCGGUGAAAUAUAAUCCUGGACUCUUAUACGAUCCCUACAAAAGAGUACAUACGGUCGAGAGAGAAUGGAACAUUAUAUCUACAAUCGAUAUAGGAGCCAUCACAAAUCAAGAUCAUCAGGCCUGGAAAGACCCCGUCGCCAAAAUGAUCGCGUCAAGCGGAUGCAACAUAAGUUUUACGGUAAUAGAAUGUUCAAGUAUACUACAAGAACACCUACUUUCAGAUCUAAAAGACGAGAAAAAUGCAAUUUUACGGAGAAUCGAAUCUACCCUAGAAAUUACCGAAGAAGAACCCCCUUAUCAGCGUAACCGUAGAACACCAUGGUUCGGUUUUGUCGGUAAAAUCGCGCGAGAAGUAUUCGGCCUAAUGGACUACGAUGAUCACGAACACCUGUCACAAGAAAUCGAUCGAUUAUACCAGGAUCAAAGAGAAAUUACAGUCCUCGUAAACAAUGCGACUCACAUUAUUCGAGCAGAAGUGAAUAAAAUAAUCGCAGAUGAAAUAAAAACGCGAAAUAAAUUACAACGUUUAUCCGAGUCGAUGUCCCAUUAUCAACUGAAACUUGAGGAAGAGGAACUCCGAAUGAAAUUGCGAAUAAACCUUAUGCUCUUGUCAGAGAAAUGGAUCCAACACCUAAAUCGCUGGAUCCGGUACCUACAAAGAGUAGAGUCAGCAAUUGAAACGGCCAAACGGGGUCAUAUAUCCAACGACAUUUUAUCCCCGGAUCAGCUGCUAAGAGCAACAGCUGAUAUAACGAAACGAUACCCAGAUCUGAACGCACCUCAACCAAAGGACCAUAUAAACGUACAAGGUCUAGUAGACGUAGCAAAAAUAGUGAUCGGACGUACGGGUAAGAAACUUGUAAUAUCUAUUACACUACCUCUAUUUCACCCGGUUACAUACCAACUAUACAGCCUAAAAUCGAUCACCACGUCUCAAAUAAUCAACGGAGUAACGAGAGGCCUAACAAUCCGGCCCAAGAAAAAUUUCCUCGGCAUCGACGCGCUCCAUUCCCAAUAUUUCAUAAUAGACGAAGAAUUUAUCAAAGAAUGCAGACCUAUCGCAAACGACCUGGCUUGUCACCCAAACUUCCCUAUUAAAAAUAUUAACGAAGACAGCGACUGCGAAGUUUUACUUCUAAUAAAACCAUCAUCUAAAAUAUUAAAUUCGUGUGACACCCGGAUAUUACCUAAAUGCGACGAUGAAAUGAUUAAAUUACACGCACCUAAUUCGUGGGCAUAAU